AUGAGGCUGUACUCGACAUCGUCUUGUCGUAGUGACAGCGUCAGCAGUCGUAGCUUCAGCUCGUUGGCUCCUGACCGUGACCUUUACAUGUCUCAGGAUGAUCUGAACGUGCUGAAGAGCAAGUUCCAAUUCAUUCGUGACGACGAUGCGGACGCUGAACAGGGCGAGACGGACUGGCAGAUCCGGAUGAGCGUGCGCUACUAUCAACAGCUCUUUCGAGAGUACGCACUGGCUGAUUUGUCUCGCUACGCAGAGGGAAAGAUCGGACUGCGAUGGCGUACCGAAGCGGAGGUCGUGGCUGGCAAAGGGCAGUUUAUCUGCGGGAACAAACGCUGCGACGAACGUACGCAAUUGCACAGCUACGAGCUGUUGUUUGCAUACGUGGAGCACGGUAAGCGGAAGAGGUGUUUCGUAAAGGUGCGCGUGUGCAGCACCUGCGCUGCGAAGCUGUUUCACAAGAAGUUGAACGAGAGGAGAAAGGAGACACGUGCGAUGGAGAGGAGAGGGCGAAAGCGAUGUCGCAUGGAAAAAGAGAGCGACGGGGAAGAGAGCGACAAACAGCAUACACACCCGGCGUCACGUAUUGCAUUAAGCACGAGCGAUAAAGGUACCUGCGGGGAUGCUGAUAAACAGACAGAAGCGGGGUCCAAAGUGCGCGUUGAACUUGGUGCAGACACUGAUCCGGACAUUCAUGAGGUGUGUGCGGCGAUCAACGCAGAGCAAAACGCGAGUUAUCCGCGGAGUUUGUGCCGACGCAGCGGAGGAUUUGACGAGCUGCUACCUUGA